AUUUAGUUAUAGCAGUAAAGGCAAAUACACAAGCGAACUCCAGGAUUUUUCCCGUCGUAUCAUCUUCCUUGCUUCUAACUUAAACCUUUGGAUUUUCUUUAUUUAUAUCCUGGCUGCUGAAAAGUGAUGGCUUACAAAUAGAUCAUAACCACAACCACAUUUCUCGGAAGUCAACAAGGGAGAGCUGGUGCAAAAAUACGAAAUUCCCGUCCCUGGGCAUCCAUGAACGUAAACUGUAUCCAAGCCGAUGUAGUCACAUUAAACCAGAAAACAUCAGCCGAGUGAUAUUUUACAUGGAGCUGAGGCCGAAGCUCGAGUUCUUAAAAUAUCAUCAGGGGAAUGUCAGGGGAGUUGCAUUUUCUCCAGUGGAUCGAUACCUAUUUUGUUCUGGUGCUUAUGAUGGCAAGCUAAAUAUCUACAGUGCAAGGAAAUGCCGACUCCUGGGAAGUUAUCCUAUAAACACUCUAAGCAUUGCAAGGAAUAUCAAUGGAGUACGGUUCACAGCAGAUGGACGUAAGAUACUUGCUACAACAACAGCAAGAAGACUUGCUGUGCUUGACUCUGAGACUGGAGAACAAAUCUUAUCCUAUGACAACUGUGUGUUUAAUGGAAGAGACAGGACUGGGAUUGCGGUGGACUUGCAAGGGAGCCCUCAUGUUGCUGUUGCCACUUGUGUUGAUGGGCAUGGCCUCUGCAUCUUUGAUCUAAGAAUGCCACUGCCUGCGGAAAAUGUCUACAAUCUGCAUGGAAGUAUCAUCCGUGACAUCGUGUUUAUCCAUGACAGCUGGCCCUGGUGCAAGGGCCAUAGUGCUUUGCUAACAGCAUCUGUAGAUGGAACCUCAAAGGUCUCUACUUUAGAUGGUUACACCCUCCAAAGCAUAGAUAUUGGAUCAGCUAUCAAUUCGGUUGCUCCAACUCCUGAGCCAUUUGGAUCCAUGGCUGAUGAUGGCUUUUACAGUCUUAUCAUGUAUGGUGGAGAACAGCUGGUCAGUUAUGUCCCAGAAGUUGGUGUUCAGGAACACAUGAAAGAGCAUGGAAGUGACCCACUCUGGAAAAUUAGGUACACAUCAAAUGGGAGCUCACUAUUCACUGCUUGUGACAAGGGCGUCAUCCGAAGGUACCGCCGUUUUCCGGACCACCACGAGUACGUAGGCGAGCUGUUCCACCACAGCAGUGACGUGGAGGAUAUUGAUAUCUCGCCUUAUGACGAGUUCCUAGUGACCGCGUCAAAGGACCACAGUGUGGGUGUGUACAGGCUUGGCCCGCCAAACCAUGGCUUCACCGAAUAUGGCGAGCUAAGAUAGUAGCAAUAGUGUCGACAGCACACCAAACCAUGGUUUCACCGAAUAUGGUGAGCUAAGAUAGUAGCAAUAGUGUCGACAGCACACCAAACCAUGGCUUCACCGAAUAUGGCGAGCUAAGAUGGCAGCAAUAUUAUCUAACAGCAGAACUCUGUAAAUAGCGAAAACACCUGGGCAUCUUCAGCGGUGUCUAGCAAACCACGGUGUUUCAGUAAAACUAAGGGGAUAAAAGAGAUGGGAACACUGGAUGAAACCAGCCGGGAGAUUAGCGAAUGGCACGCAGAAACAUCUGUGUACCAAACCACAGAAAGCAGUCUUGAAGGAGUAGUACUCUGUAAAUUGUGAAUUUGGGGUACUCCAGAGGGCCAUGCAGCCUGCUAACAAGAACCUAGAAGUAUAUAUACGAUAACCCCAAAAAUACCCAUCUUUGGUGUUAUACAAUAACCAAAUUUUUUUCUAUCUUUGAUGUAUAAAUAUGCUAACAAAAAAACAUCCAUAUCUUUGAUGUAUAUAUACAGUAACCAAAAUAUUAUCCAUCUUUGGUAUAAAAAUUGGAUGACUGCUGUCAAACAGUGGCGCGAUUAAAUACAUUUUUGCUAA